AUGGACGAAGUUGAGCUGCGGCUACUUAAUAAGCGUUGCUGCACACUAGCAAAUCAAUCUUAUAAAAAUUAUAUAAAGAAGACAGAAGAUAGUAUUAAGUCGAACCCUAAACUUUUUUGGUCAUUUAUUAAGGCAAAGAAGUACGGGAAAAGUAAUUAUCCUUGUACAAUGACUGAUGGUAUUAAGAAGUCAUCUAGUCCUAGGGAAAUCUGCGACUUAUUUGCGUCCUACUUUGGAGCUGUGUAUAAUUCUCAAGAUAACAUAAACUCAGACUUGAAUGUCAGCCAAUGGAAUUUGAUUUGCAAUUACAGCCUUGAACUAACUGCUCCCUACCUUAGCAAGGAUCAGAUACUGAAGAACAUGAAGUCCCUAGAUCUUAAUAAGGGCCCAGGACCAGAUUGUGUCCCUCCUUUAUUUAUUAAGGCAUGUGCGGAUGAGCUAGUGACGCCUAUAUAUCUAAUUUUUAAGAAGUCUCUUCAAUCCGGCCUAUUUCCUGAUGUUUGGAAGUUCGCCAAAGUUGUUCCCAUUCACAAGGCCGAUAACGUCGAGGUGGAUUCCGAUGUAAAUAAUAGUAACAGUGAACUAAUAAACAAUAAACCUCCAAUAAUGCAACAUUUAAUUCAACCAAGUUCAAUACUUGAAAAAUUAAAACAUAUACAGCAAUCAUUAUCUUAUAAAAUACAUUUAUCAACGUCACAAAAGGUUGUGUUAUGGAGCAUAGGAGUAGUUGGUACAAGUGCUGUAGUUGUUGGAGUUUUAUCCAGAUAUUUAGCAAGGAGGCGAGCAAAACCAAUUUUAAAUCCAAGAAUCCAAAGAGCCUUAAAUAAAAGAAUUUCAAGAAUGAGAAGUCCAAACGGAGGGCUGGGGUCUGCUGCUAGCAGUUGUGGUCGUAGUAGCCCCCUUGGCUUUAGUGAACGUAUGUCUUUAGCAUCAGGGUCUAUUGGUUCCGGUGGAGGUGAUGCUGCACCUCUUUCACCGCAACAAUUGGGUGUCAUGGCGCCAUCUCUUGCUGAAUUUCUAAACUACGUUUAUAUUAAUGUUCUAAAGAAGUGUUUUAUCAAAAUUUUAGAUGGCGUUCUAAAAUAA